AAGGGGGGCGUGUUAACCAGUUUAACCAUCGCUGUUUCUCCUCCCAGCGAGCCACGGCCAGCGGGUCCACAGUCAGACCUGCAGCGUGAGGAGGACACAGUAUGGGGGAGUGAUGGCGGCGGCGGCCGAGUGUUACAUUGUGCAUGAGAUCUACAAUGGCGAGAAUGCACAAGAGCAGUUCGAAUACGAGCUGGAGCAGGCGCUCGAGGCGCAGUACCGCUAUAUCGUCAUCGAACCCACACGCAUCGGCGACGAGACAGCCCGCUGGGUCGCCGUGGGUAACUGUCUGCAUAAAACGGCCGUGCUGGCUGGAGCCGCCUGCCUCCUGACGCCACUGGCACUACCCGUAGAGUACUCGCGCUACGUAGCGUUGCCUGCCGGCGCCAUCAGCCUGGCCUGCGCCACUCUCUACGGCAUCUCGUGGCAGUUUGACCCGUGCUGCAAGUAUCAGGUGGAGUACGACAGCCGCAAACUGGCGCGUCUUCCUUUGCACACUCUCACCUCGUCUUCACCCGUGGUGCUGGUGCGCCGCGACGACGUGCACAGAAAGAGACUGCACAACACGAUAGCGCUCGCCGCCCUGGCCUACUGCGUGAAGAAGAUCUUCGAACUGUAUGCCGUAUGAACCGACACACACACACACGCGCACACACGCACUGAUACAUCAUCUCACACACAUACAGACAUGCUGGAAGGGAGGUGAGAAGCACUACUAAAUACAAACAGCAGACAACCACGGUCGAAAACUAACAUGCAAAUGGAUGGAGAGAACAAACGCUAAAGAAAAGACCAGCAAGAACGGAGCAGCACUCUACUCUUCAACUCUUCUCCCAUCUGCACCCUAACAGUGGAAGAACAGCUGAUUAGACUGGAUGGGAGAAUUUAACAGAUGAGACAACAAUGCAGCAGGGGGGGUUAUGUUAAAAUGAGACAGAAUUCCCCCUUUUUCUGCACUAUUAAGUGACAACAGCAAUGCACUUGUGCCCCCUCUGAUCUGUCCAUGUUCCUCGCUGAGCUCCUGCACGUGGACAGUGACCUUGUGGUGGAAAGGCGAACACAGACAUGUUUUAAGUAUUACUUUUCAAGCCCUUCCUCUCUCCCUCCCCCGUGUAGUUUUACUGUACCCUGCCUUGAUGAUUCACCUUUUCAUUAAACAAUAGGAGAUUUAACCUGA